GUGACGGUGACGAAAGGGCAGCGCGCGGGUGACAGCGUUGGCCUCUUCCUCUCCCUCGGCCGCUGUCCCCCGGCCGGCCUGAGGGGGAGGAACCUGAGCUCUGACUGCGUGUGGAACCUCGUCGAGCUGCCCCGGUUUCCAAACCUCUGAUUUCUCGGAGCGGAAACCUGGCCUCCUCUUCUUCAUCUCCCGCUUCCCUCCCGCCCCCCAAGUGUCCCUUUCUUUGCCCUCCCAGGGGGCCGCCCGGACCCCCGUUUUUAUGGUGAACCCCAAGCCGCGUGUCCACUCUGCUCGCCCGAUUACUUCCCCUCCACCCCAGAGCGCCUGAACGUGGUCAGGGUUUCGAUAGGGGCUCCGGCGCGUCUCUUCCCUGGCGGGCGUGUGGCGUGUGUGUGCGCGCGAGUGUACACACUCAGGGGCUGACAGCCUGCGACUUGGAGACUCCGGCCGGGGCUGGCGUUGGCUGCUAGAAGUGGGCGUGUCGGAGAAAGAACUCAACAGUUGAUAUUCACUGAUGGAUUCCAAAGAAUCAUUCAAACCCCCCAGUAGAGAAGAAACCCUCAGCAGUGUGCUUGGUCGCGAGAGAGGAAAUGUGAUGGACUUCUAUAAAACCCUAAGGGGAGGAGCUACUGUGAAGAUUCCUGCAUCUUUGCCCCCACUGGCUGCUGCUUCACCGUCAGACUCCAAGCAGCAAAGACUUCUGGUUGAUUUUCCAAAAGGCUCAGUAAGCAAUGAGCAGCAACCAGAUCUGUCCAAAGCAGUUUCACUGUCAAUGGGAUUGUAUAUGGGAGAGACAGAAGCAAAAGUGAUGGGAAGUGACUUGGGAUUCCCACAGCAGGGCCAAAUCAGCCUUUCCUCUGGGGAAACAGACUUUCGGCUUCUGGAAGAAAGCAUUGCGAACCUCAAUAAGUCCACCAGCGUUCCAGAGAACCCCAAGAGCUCAACAUCUGCCGCUGGUUCUGCUGCCUCCACAGAAAAGGAGUUUCCGAAAACUCACUCUGAUGUGUCUUCAGAACAGCAGAAUUUGAAGGGCCAGACUGGCACCAACGAUGGCAAUGUGAAAUUGUACACCACAGACCAAAGCACCUUUGAUAUUCUGCAGGAUUUGGAGUUUUCUGGGUCCCCAGGUAAAGAGACAAAUGAGAGCCCUUGGAGAUCAGACCUCUUGAUAGAUGAAAGCUGUUUGCUUUCUCCUUUGGCAGCAGAGGAGGAGUCAUUCCUUCUAGAAGGAAACUCAAAUGAGGACUGCAAGCCUGUCGUUUUACCGGACACUAAACCUAAAAUUAAGGAUAACGGAGAUCUGAUCUUAUCCAGCCCCAGCAGCAUGCCACUGCCCCAAGUAAAAACAGAAAAAGAAGAUUUCAUUGAACUGUGCACUCCUGGGGUAAUUAAGCAAGAGAAACUGGGCCCAGUUUACUGUCAGUCAACCUUUUCUGGAGCAAAUAUAAUCGGCAAUAAAACGUCGGCCAUUUCUGUUCAUGGUGUGAGUACUUCUGGGGGACAGAUGUACCACUAUGACAUGAAUACAGCAUCCCAUUCUCAACAGCAGGAUCAGAAGCCUAUUUUUAAUGUCAUUCCGCCAAUUCCUGUUGGUUCAGAAAAUUGGAAUAGGUGCCAAGGAUCUGGAGAUGACAACCUGACUUCUUUGGGGACUUUGAACUUCUCUGGUCGAUCAGUUUUUUCUAAUGGCUAUUCAAGCCCUGGAAUGAGACCAGAUGUAAGCUCUCCUCCAUCCAGCUCUUCAGCAGCGAUGGGACCACCUCCCAAACUCUGCCUCGUGUGCUCUGAUGAAGCUUCAGGAUGUCAUUAUGGGGUCCUGACUUGUGGAAGCUGUAAAGUGUUCUUCAAAAGAGCAGUGGAAGGUAGACAGCACAAUUAUCUUUGUGCUGGAAGAAAUGACUGUAUCAUUGAUAAAAUUCGAAGAAAAAACUGCCCAGCAUGCCGCUAUCGAAAAUGUCUUCAAGCUGGAAUGAACCUGGAAGCUCGAAAAACCAAGAAAAAAAUAAAAGGAAUUCAGCAGGCCACUGCAGGCGUCUCACAAGAAACUUCAGAAAAUCCUAUUAACAAAACAGUAGUUCCUGCAACGUUACCACAGCUCACCCCAACCCUGGUGUCACUGUUGGAGGUCAUUGAGCCUGAGGUGUUAUAUUCAGGAUACGACAGCUCUGUUCCUGACUCCACUUGGCGAAUCUUGACCACACUCAACAUGUUAGGUGGACGGCAAGUGAUCGCAGCAGUGAAAUGGGCAAAGGCGAUACCAGGAUUCAGGAACUUACACCUGGAUGACCAAAUGACCCUACUGCAGUACUCAUGGAUGUUCCUCAUGGCAUUUGCCCUGGGAUGGAGAUCAUAUAGACAAGCAGGUGGUAGCUUGCUGUGUUUUGCUCCUGAUCUGGUUAUUAACGAGCAGAGAAUGUCUCUACCCUACAUGUAUGACCAAUGUAAGCAUAUGCUGUAUGUUUCCUCUGAGUUGCAGAGACUUCAGGUAUCUUAUGAAGAGUAUCUGUGUAUGAAAACCUUACUGCUUCUCUCUUCAGUUCCUAAAGACGGCUUGAAGAGCCAGGAGCUGUUUGAUGAAAUUAGAAUGACCUACAUCAAAGAGCUGGGAAAGGCCAUUGUCAAACGGGAAGGAAACUCCAGUCAGAACUGGCAACGAUUUUACCAACUGACUAAACUCUUGGACUCCAUGCAUGAUGUAGUUGAAAAUCUCCUUAACUAUUGCUUCCAAACAUUUUUGGAUAAGACCAUGAGUAUUGAAUUCCCAGAGAUGUUGACUGAAAUCAUCAGCAAUCAGAUACCAAAAUUUUCAAAUGGAAAAAUCAAAAAACUUCUCUUUCAUCAAAAGUGACUGCCUUAAUAAGAAAGAUUGCCUUAAAGAAAGUUGAAUUUACAGCUUUUAUUGUACAAACUCUUAAUGUGCAGGUUUUUUUUUUUUUUUUUCAUUUUGUCGUCAUUGUUUUGUUUUAAAUACGCACUACAUGUGGUUUAUAGAGGGCCAAGACUUGGCAACAGAAGCAGUUGAGUCAUCACUUUUCAGUGGUGGGAAAAGUAGAAAGGGGAAUUCAUUAGUUGGUAUAUCCUGGAAAUUAGACACAGUAAUGUGGGGGUCAUCCCCAUUGUCAGAGAAGGAUGGCACCUGAACCACCAGUGCCCCAAGUCUGUGUGACAAACUUUCUGCUCAUAGUUUUCACAGUUGGCUGGAUAAAAUUUUCUAGACUUUUUGUUGGUGUAUUUUCCCCUGUAUAGUUAAGGUAGCAAUUUUUGAUUUAUGCAUGGAAACCUGAAAAAAGUUUACAAGUGUAUAUCAGAAAAGGGAAGUCGUGCCUUUUAUAGCUGUUACUGUCUGGUUUUAACAAUUUCCUUUAUAUUCAGUGAACUACGCUUGCUCAUUUUUUUCUUACAUAAUUUUGUAUUCAAGUUGCCUGUUGUACAGCUGUUUAAGAUGGGCAGCUAGUUCAUAGCUUUCCUAAAUAAACUCUAAACAUUAAUCUUCUGUGUGAAAAUGGGUUGGUGCUUCUAACCUGAUGGCACUUAGCUGUCAGAAGACCAUAAAAAUUGACUCAAAUCUCCAGUAUUCUUGUCAAAAAAAGCUCUUCUUUUGUAUAUAUCUGCUUCAGUGGAGAAUUACAUAGGUUGUACAGAUUAACCGUCCUAACUGGCAUAGAGCACCUAGUCCAGCGACCUGCUUGGUAAACUGUGGAUGAGGGUUGCAAAAGACUAAUUAAUUUAAAAAAGAAAAAAAAAACUACCAAGAGGCCCUGUGUGUACCUAAUACCCCAUCUCUGAAAUGGUUAGAUGGCAAGAAAGUUGGUAAACUGUCUUUCAGGACCUUUUGUAGUAGUUUGUACAAUGUCUUUAAGGUUCCAGGUAACCCAGCUGUAUCACAGCUGAGAGAUUUUUAAUCAGACCAAAUAAUCCCUUUUCCUAAACUUUACCCAAAAAAUACAUCUCUAAUAAUACGGCAAAAGUGGCUAGACACCCAUUUUCACAUUCCCAUCUGUCACCGAUUGGUUUCUCUUUCCUGAUGAUACAGGAAAGCUCAGCUACUGACUUUCGUGAUUUAGAACUGUGUGUCAGACUCCGUGUGUGUAAAACACCGCAUCCCUACUUGUGCCAUAGAGUUUAACACAGUCUUGUGAAUUCCUCCUCCCCUCUGUUGAGAAUUCUCAUUUUAAACAAAUUAGAAGCUGUAGUAGCCCUUUCUGUGUGCACCUUACCAACUUUCUGUAAACUCAAAACCUAACAUAUUUGCUAAGCCACAAGAAAUUUCAUUUCUACUCAAGGUGGCCAAAUUAUUUGUGUAAUAGGAAACUGCAAAUCUAAUAUUAAAAAUAUGAAACUUCUAAUAUAUUUUUAUAUUUAGUUAUAGUUUCAGAUAUAUAUCAUAUUGGUAUUCACUAAUCUGGGAAGGGCAGGGCUACUGCAGCUUUACAUGCAAUUUAUUAAAAUGAUUGUAAAAUAGCUUGUAUAGUGUAAAAUAAGAAUGAUUUUUAGAUGAGAUUGUUUUAUCACGACAUGUUAUAUAUUUUUUGUAGGGGUCAAAGAAAUGUUGAUGGAUAACCUAUAUGAUUUCUAGUGUGCGUGAGCAUUCAUACAGGUAGCGAUGGUCUCACAAACCAACAGGUGUCCUCUAGGGGAAGAGGGUGAUGGAGACCAGCCGUGUGCAGUGAGGUUGCUGAAGCUCCAUCUCCAUCGGAUCACAGAGGGUGUAAUUCCUCUGCCUCCCACUCCAACCACCUUCUCAUUCCAACAGCGAGUCUGCCAGCACAGGGCUAGCUUACUAACUCUCUACGCUCAAGUGUGUAAACGUGACAGACAGGUGGUACUUACAUACUUACAGGCACCAUCUAAUAGCAGGGUUGCUUUUCACAUACAGCCUCUCCAACAAUUUAAUAUAAAAAUAAAAACAGAGGCUUUAGAAGUUUGGCAAUAAUACACAUAGAGGUUCCAGCAAUAUGUAAAUUGUGCAGAAUCUCACAGGUUGCCAACAAUACACUAAUUCCUUCCUGUCCUCCAAUAUGGGUUCAUUUCCAGAUAAAACGAGGACAUGUUUAUGUUUCUUUUUGAAUCCUUUGAAUGUUAUUUGUUAUUUUCAGCAUUUUUGAGAAAUUAUUUAAUAAAAAAGUGUAAUCAUUUGCUUUUUUGAAUGAUCUCUAAAAACGGAAUGUUCCUUUUGCCAUGGUUUAAACUGAUCUCAAAGUAUUUUCAAACGGUUUGUAGCCCAGCUGGAUGUGAAAAUUUAUGGUGCCUACAAAAUACCACUUGAAUAUCAUUAUCAACAACAGUGUUAAGUUUCAAAAAGAGCUUCUAAAUUAUUGUUCAUUUAAAGAAUGUUAUAUGGUUAAACUAGAAAGCACAUCAUACAUUAUUCUUUGGUCCCAACAACCUUGGCUCUAAAAAGAUAUAGUUCAGUGAAAAUGGAGAUGUGCAUUUUGUUGUUAAUAGGAAAUCAAAACAACUAUAGGAGGCUGUUGAUUAGAUGGGAAAAGAGGCUGUGCCCAUUCAGAAUACAUGGGAAAGAAGAAAGUUAUCUUAGGUUUGAGUACAAUUAUGGACUCAAGUGAAAAAAGAUAUGGUGCUAUUUGAAAGCAGCUUCAUUUUUUUUGUACGUGGUAUCUUGCCAUGCCAAACUGUUUGUAGUGACUUCCAUGAGAGUUGGUGACAUGCUUAGGUGACUCCCACAACAAAUCCUGAAAAGUAUUUUUAAUAACUGCUGGAAAAGAAAAAUGACUCUAUUUUUAGGCCUUGCUGUGGGAUACUAUACAAGCUGAACUGAGUAAGCUAAGGAAAUGAUGCUUUGGGGUGUAUACCUACUUGUAGAACUACAGGAAGGGAACCCAGAAGUGCACCUGCUUGGUUCUGGAAAAAAAAAAAAAAAAAAAACUUGGCCACCCCAAAGGAAAA